UCAUUAGUGUUCCUUAGACGUAUAAAUAUCGUGACAGAAACAAGAAGAGCUCAGUUGUAGAGAACACAGUCGUAUUUUAUUUUUCUCUUUCAUCUUUUAUUAUUACAGCUUAACGUUUCGGGGGAUCCGUGAUCCAAUUCAAAUCUUUUCGUCGUCGAUUCUAUCAAAUUCAAAUCCUAUCGCCGACAUGAUGUGCCAAAUCGUGAUAGCAUUCCUUUUGGUUCACAACCUUGCAGCCGUGACAUUCGACAUUCCACAAGACAUCUCGCCGAGCGCGCUCAUGAAUACGAUGCGGAAUAGCAAAGAACAACUGAACAGCGCCAAAUUUAAUAGCGAUGCCAACCUUAAUACAGUACAAAUGAUAAGAAAAGCUGGUUAUCCUGCAGAGGCUCAUGUUAUACAGACGCAGGAUGGUUAUCUUUUAACACUUCAUCGUAUCCCAAGUAACGAGCAUCAGCCAGUGUUGUUGCAGCAUGGUUUGUUGUGCAGCUCUGCCGACUGGGUCAUUGCCGGCAAGGAUAAAGGACUUGCUUUCAUAUUGGCUGAUCAAGGCUACGAUGUUUGGUUGGGCAAUAUUCGUGGGAAUACUUACUCAAGGGCACAUGUUUCUUUAUCUCCAUCGGAUUCAAGAUUUUGGAAUUUCAGCUUUCAUGAAAUGGGCAUCUAUGAUUUACCUGCGAUGAUUUCAUAUAUCACGAAUAUAACAUCACAUCCAUUGCACACAUACAUUGGUCAUUCGAUGGGUACAACUUCUUUUUAUGUAAUGGCAGUGGAACGUCCAGAAAUUGCUCGAAUGGUGCAAAUGAUGAUUAGUCUCGCGCCUGCAGUUUUUAUGAAUCAUAUGAAAAGUCCAAUACGAUAUUUUUCUCGUUUCACACAGGAAUUUGAGAACUCAUAUAGUACUCGCAAAAAUUUGUAUUUCAAACUGAUUCCGCCGAGAAACCCUCAUCACCGAACCAAGCCGAGUGCUCACGUGACGCUCAGGAGCAUCCAUAUACCAGAAAUAUAUGGGAGCGCACCUUCCGCCAAAUUAUUAUUGAAACAUUUUUCUAAUACAUUACAGUAA